AUGAUCAUGGAAGACGAUACAGAGCCAGAAAAGAAACCGAAAGCUAGUGUCGUCGACUGGGACAGUUACUAUGAGACUGAAGAUGAAACAGACGAACAUCUGGAGGACGGUGGAUUCAACAAGUAUGUCAUGCCAUUAUAUUCUUAAUCUUAAGGUAAAGGUUAUUAAUAUUAACGGACUUUCCUAGAAAUUAUCAUAUCUAUCAUUUACCUAAAAUAGUGUCAUUUUGAUUAACUAUUACAUUUCCAGUAGCAAUAGCAACAGAAGGCGAUGUCCAUUUUGCCGUCGCAGAAUCUACAGUAAACACAAGGGAAGGUACCGUAACUUGACAUGUUCAACGUUCCGCCGGAUAUCGAUUGCGCAAAAUCAUGGUAUCGACGAGAAUUACCUUCUGAGCUAUCCAGACAGGUCAUGGAUAUGUAAGAGACAUUGGAAAGACUACGACAGGGAUCCUAAGGGACCAAUCCACAUCCAUCCGAUGGUACCACGACAGAAAUAUGUCACAUGCGAAGGCGAAGAAUUUUUUGAGAGUAAAGAAGACUUGUAAGUCACUUUUGUACAUUCAGUUUACUAAAAAUAAGUAUAUUUCAUUGUCGUCGAACAAGUAAUGAUUGUAAAUGUUUUCAGUUCAAGAAGAGUUUACAAUGAAGUAAUGAAAGAACUGAAUUAUCGUUAUACCCUCAGAUACAACCAAAGAGAAGGCAAGUAUUAUAUGAAGUAUUACUCUUUCAAGUACCUAGAAGACUCACUUUACAAUCUUUAGGUAGAUCAUUGUCAUCAGAGCCACGAAACUCGUCUUUGGAUCCACGACCACAUUCAUCUAAUGAUCGCCCUGAUACACCAUCUAAACUGCAUGAAAUUAGAAAAGACGGUAGCAGUCCUUCUGAACCCACACAUCCAGACAUCAAGCAAGAACCAGAAACCCCAUCUUCCAGUCCCAUUAGUGCCACGAGAAUUCUGGACAACAUGAUCAAGAAGAAGCCGAACAAAACUAGAAAAAUCAAGGCAUCAGAAGUCGCGAAACAUUUAAAGAAGUCUAAAGAAAAAGAGCUUGCUCUAAGGCCGUCCGAAGUGAAACCCAUAGUGCACACAUACCCAGCUCUAAUGCACAAUCGGUACGAUGCACUAACGAUGAAACAAUGCGAUGGAGAAGAUAUAAACAGUUACUACCACAGAGUUAUGAACACAACGAAAAGAAUUUCGUUGGAAACGAUGAAUAUUGACAUUCUGAACAGCCUCAUUUUUGUGGCAGGAUUGGCAGACGAAGAAAUGAGGAGAAAGACCUUGUUCCAGUUGCUGAUAACUACUGACGAUGCUCCAAAAGCUGCAGACUUGGCUCUGUUUUGUGAAAGAGGACAACGUUCGGAGAAGGAUGACAGUGUAAAGGGUAUAACUGAAGAAACAUCAAAAAUUAUCCAUCAAAGAAGUGGUGAGGAUGAAGAUCGGCCAAAAGGAAGACUGGAUGAGACAGAUAAGAAAGAAGAUCACGAUAUGCCAUUUUUAUUCUCUGAAGUGUUCAUCACUUCAUCAAAAGCUUCCUCCUCGUCUCCAAAUUCGAUGCCAAAAUUAGCGUUACCUCAAACGCAAACAUUAAAUAAAUCUACCUUACCAUCAGGAACUUCACAGCAGAAUCCUCGAGAAGUGGUUCUUCCAACUUUAAGAAAACCUUCGAUUAUAACAUCUGUGUACAAGCCAUGGUCGUCUUCAUCCAAUGGUAACGUCGAUAAGCCUAAAUCAAUAAAUACUCUUCCAUUGCAACGAAAAAGACAACUAAAUUAUUCUAAUGUGGCCAUGGAUCCGAAUGUGAAAAAGAUUAAGGUGUUCAACAUCACUCCGAACAAGGUCAAGAACCAGGACAAGGUGAUUAAGCUGGUCAAAUUGAUAAUGCCGAACAAGAAGCAGGCGUUGUCAACAUGA